AUGUGGCCAACACAACCACCCUCUUUGACUCCUCAAGCUCAUGCUCUCCCCUGGAUGCUCAAAGCCCUGAAAGCAGCAACAGAAGCCUACAUCGAACAACCCGUCCAAUACAUCGUCAUCACAAACCCACUACCUCUCGAAUCAUCACCUACAUACCACUCCGCCAUCCACUCAGCCAGCUCGACUCUAGGUCUCAGACUAGGCAGCACACACUUCCUAAACGCACAAGCUGCAGCCGAAGCAUACGAAACAAAAGGCACCUGCGACCUCUUACCAGACUCUUACGACGACUAUGCCUCUGAUCACCUAUUUGUAGCCAUAAACUACAACCAUUGUGAUAUCUACGAAGAGCUUAGGACUGUUCACGAUACUACACUUGGCAGUGGCAGUGACAUCCCCCGAGCAGAAAGGCAUGAUGCGAUUAAGGCGGCUCUAGGAGAUAUCGUCAAGCCACCGUAUGUUCAUGGUACAUCUACUUACAAGGCGAUCAAGGACGUUAUUCUACUCGGAGAAUCAACGGACAAUGAGGUCUUGCAUGUCGUGCUUGAGGAAGUCUUGAGUCGGCCAUUUAUCAACCUCAAUAUCGGAGCGAGCAAGGAGAGAUUGAAGAUGGUUAACCCUCUGUUUGCCGCUUCAAGAGGUGCAGCGAAAGCAUGUCUGAAUUGUAAGUUUGCUAAGAACCAUAAUGGCAUGUAUGGAUCGACGUAG